AAUUGUAUCAAAUUUAACUUUUAGUGAACAAAAAUCAAGUGACAAGAUCUCUCACCAAUUUUGCAAUGAACACCACAAACAGCUUCGUGGAAAUGCCCGUAUGAAGUGUGGUGGCAGCAUCUAAAGUGAAAAAACUUGAGCCCUCAAACACCGACACCGAGUACUGAAAGUACAGGUCGUCUCCUCUUGCACUGAUGCUAGUGACACAUGGCUCUGAAUCUCUCUCUCGCGGGAAGAAUCUCUAAACCUUCUUCGCUUCCUCUCUAUUCCGUUCAUCCCAAAGUUCGACCGUUGGAUCUCACAAGUGCUACGUCGUUCAAAUUUCUUGCAUCUACGCGCAAAUUUUUCGAACCUCACUAUUCUUCCCCUCCUCUGUUUCUUGACCACUUCUACGACGAUGACAACUUUGCCUACAGCUUUGAUCCUAACUUGUUCUUCUCAUCUCUUUUAGAUCGUUCAGUCAAUAAAAAGCAUUUGAAUCAAAUCCAUGCCCAGCUUCUUGUUUUUGGAUUGCAGUUUAGCGGUUUCUUAGUGACCAAGUUUGUUAAUGUGAGUUCGAAUCUCGGUGAAAUCCGAUACGCCCGCAAGUUGUUUGAUGGAAUGCCCAGCCCAGACGUGUUUCUGUGGAACGCGAUUAUCCGCGGUUAUUCGAGGCACAAUUUGUUCGAUGAUGCAAUUGAAAUGUAUUCGAGAAUGCAAGAUGUGGGGGUAAGCCCGGAUUGCUUCACCUUUCCUCAUGUAUUGAAGGCGUGCAGUGGACUAGCGGCGCAUCAGAUGGGUAGACUUGUGCAUGGGCAGAUAUUCAGGCAUGGGUUUGAUUCGGAUGUUUUUGUGCAGAAUGGUCUUGUGGCUUUGUAUGCUAAAUGCGGUCAAAUUGAGCGUGCCAAGAUUGUUUUUGAUGGGUUAUAUGAUAGGACAAUUGUUUCAUGGACUUCAAUAAUUUCUGGGUAUGCCCAGAAUGGCCAGCCUCUGGAAGCGUUGAGAAUUUUUAGCCAAAUGAGACAGUUGAAUGUGGAACCUGAUUGGAUCGCUCUUGUGAGUGUUCUGAGGGCUUACACUGAUGUGGAAGACUUGCAACAAGGAAAAUCUGUACAUGCUUCCGUGAUAAAAAUGGGUCUUGAUUUUGAAUCAGAUUUGCGUGUUGCACUUACAGCAAUGUAUGCUAAGUGUGGGCAGGUAAUAGUUGCUAGAUCAUUGUUUGGUGAAAUGGAGGCGUCGGACGUAAUUUUGUGGAAUGCCAUGAUUUCUGGUUAUGCAAAGAAUGGUUAUGCUGAUGAAGCUGUUAGGCUUUUCCGAAAGAUGAUUUGUAAGAAGAUUAGGACUGAUUCUGUUACUUUACGAUCUGCUAUCUUAGCCUGUGCCCAAGUUGGAUCCCUUGAAUUAGCUGAAUGGAUGGAUAAUUACGUCAGUAAGAGUGAGAAUAGGGAAGAUAUUUUUGUCAACACAGCCCUUAUCGACAUGUAUGCAAAAUGUGGAAGUGUAAAUUUGGCUCGCAAAGUAUUUGACCGAACCCCUAAUAAAGAUGUUGUUGUAUGGAGUGCAAUGAUUGUGGGAUAUGGAUUGCAUGGUCGGGGCCGAGAAGCCAUUGAUAUUUUCUAUGCAAUGAAGCAAGCUGGGGUUCAACCAAAUGAUGUGACCUUUGUUGGGCUCCUUACAGCAUGCAAUCAUUCAGGUCUUGUAGAAGAGGGAUGGACAUUCUAUCACUGCAUGAGAGAUUUUGGGAUUGAGCCCCGCCAUCAGCAUUGUGCUUGUGUGGUUGAUCUUCUUGGACGGGCAGGGUAUUUGGACAAAGCAUAUAAUUUUAUUACGAAUAUGCCAGUUGAACCAGGUGUAACUGUAUGGGGAGCCCUUUUGAGUGCAUGCAAAAUCUAUCGCCAUGUGAAAUUGGGAGAAUAUGCUGCAGAACAACUUUUCUCCUUAGACCCAUUAAAUACUGGGCAUUAUGUGCAGCUCUCAAAUCUCUAUGCUUCAGUACGGUUGUGGGAUCAUGUCACAAAGGUGCGGGUAUUGAUGAGGGAGAAGGGAUUGACCAAGGACCUGGGUUAUAGUUUGAUUGAGAUCAAUGGGAAGCUUCAGGCAUUCCAUGUUGGAGACGUGUCGCACCCAAGAUGGAAGGAGAUUUCUGAAGAGCUUGAGAAUUUGGAAAGGAGGUUGACGGAUGCUGGAUUUGUCCCGCAUGCCGAAUCUGUUCUGCAUGACUUGAAUUAUGAAGAGAAGGUGGAGACUCUCUGUAACCACAGUGAGAGGCUGGCAAUUGCUUAUGGGCUUAUCAGUACGGCCCCUGGAACAACACUUAGAAUAACCAAGAAUCUUCGGGCAUGCAUAAACUGUCAUUCAGCUACCAAGCUGAUUUCGACGCUUGUAAAUAGGGAGAUAGUUGUUAGGGAUGCAAACCGUUUCCAUCAUUUCAAGGAUGGAUUUUGUUCUUGUGGAGAUUACUGGUGAGAAGGAUGCUUGUUGUUCACAUUCAUCAGUAAUAUCCUGUUGCAGCUGUAGGGGACCUUAGCAUUUUUCUGCUACUAAACCUGAAUCAGGUAUAAUGACGACCGACCUGCAAUCAUUUAGCAAAUUUUUGUGUCUGCAACUAAACCUGAAACAGGUAUAAUGAAGACUGACCUGCAAUUGCUUAGGAAUCUUUUUGAGUUUCUCCAACAAAACCUGAAAAAGGUUUAAGGAUGACUGUCCUGCAAUUGCUUUUUGGGAAGAUGUGGAUAUAAUAAGGUUUUGCGGCUUCAUAUCCAGACCACAGAUUUUGGUGUGCCGGCCAGCUGUAGCAAAGAAUGCAUUUGUCAUGAACUGAAAACAGAGUUAGAAAGAUGAAAAACAAUAAUGAUAACUUCUCAGUUUGUAAAUGGAAAAGAAAAGGUGUUUGAUUUGAUUUGUGGUGUUAAUUGAUUUUUAAUUCAUUGUAGUUCUCACUAUAAGGAUGAAAUUGAUUGAUGUACUUUUAUUUGUUGGAUUGUACAACUUGCAGAUGAAUUCCCAACUGCAAUAGCCUAUCUAAAUUGAUUUUCUUUAGCUUUUUGAGGUU